CUGUUGUACUGGUAGAAGGUAAGGCCAGAACAUAGCGAUAAGAUUGUUGCCGUAUCAAAUGUCAGUAGUAGCCAGAACUUGAAGACACUAGCAGUGAAUUUUAUUUAUGCAAGCUAAAGAAACUGGAAUAUUACAACAACUGGGGAAUGGAUAAACACUCAAGAGACUUUAUUCUGGCCAUGAAAAUAGUCAUUGCUUCCGUAAUCCUGACGAUUGUCUCAUCUCAAAUACCGCCAGUCGCCGGCCAGUGGAACACUGCUGCCAAACCGAAUAUGCGCUUUUUUCCCGGUUCGUAUCCCGGAAACACCGUCGGAGCACACCCCGGCGCAUAUCCUGGAGGCUAUUUUGGAGCCGCUGCACCCCCUUACCCCGGGAUCUUUCCUCCUAAUGUGGGAUACCCAGUGCCAGCUUACCCUGUGCCAAGAUACAUCAUGCCAGGACACCCUGUUUCAGGAUACCCUGUUCCAGGAUACCCUGUUCCAGGAUACCCCUACGGGGUAGGGAACCCUUUUGGAUCACAUCUGGGAGUCCCAAUGUUGUACAACAACAAGAAUUCCGGAGGAACAACGUAAAUAGAAUGUAUGCCUGUAGCUUGUAAAGCUACUGCCUUACAUUACUAUAUAAAGUAGUGUAAAAAUACCGUUGGAAUGCAACGGAGGACGAGUUGUACUUUACGCUCACACCUCUACCUUUCCUUUAUUCGUGUUGUACCUUUAGCUUCUUUCUUCCACAUUUCGUUUCCAUCUCUUCCACAUCUUAAACUCCUUCCUAGAUGCAGCACCCCUCUUAAGAAUAUCAGCUCUUCUGUGUCAGCGUUUUCUUCGAGGUUCCUUGCGCAUUCAAGUUACUCAUCUUUGAGUUAUUUUAAAAUAAUUUUAAUUAACAGUUGAAGAAGACGUAACAACUGAAACACUUGUAACUUCUUUCAUGUGCCGCGUAGUUCAGGACUUGCAGGCAAUUUACGUUUCUGAGGAACAUACCGCCUCCAUCUUGAGGAUAAAUGACCAAGUGAAAAUCUCAUUUUGCUGAUAUCUGGACUUUACCGACCUCUGUCGAAGCUUACUACUACUUGUGUAUUAUCCAGGCUAGAUGCCGCGUCAGUGGCACCAUCUAUUAGCGAACUGCGUUUUACAUUACGGCUUUCGUAAUUAAUAACAUGACUUCCUCUUGCAAGGUGGGGUUAUUCAAGGCUUUCUUGCCGCGGUUAACUUUGUCAUAAGGUAAUGGCGAAAUUUCACACCAAAAGAAAUAUUACCAAAUAGAGAAUGGCUCAAAAUGUUUGUACUCAAUUUUCUCCGCAAAUAGUGAUUGUAAUUUGAGGAAAAAUCCUUACUGACACACUGUAGUAUUCAAGCUAUUUGUUUGCUUUUACGUACCAGUGCAACUAAAGAGAUUUAAGGAGAUCAAAUCAUCUACUGAGCAUGAAAUCUACGCUUUUCUAAGCGAUACACUCCGAAGGGAAGUGUCAGACUUUGGAUGAAAUUGCGAAAUAUCGUCGGAAUUGAGGGCUUGAGAUUCUGAUUUGAAUGUUAUUUGAAUGAGAGCUUAUGCUUCAUCGUUCAGGUGAAAUAAAGAAUUAAACUUCUUAGUUACAUUUUUGUCUACUCACACACACACACACGGAACCCCCAAGAUUUUGUAUCUUACUAGCUCCAUAGAUCAUAGCGCUUCUUUAGAAGCUAACAGUAGCUCAGCUGAUCAAGAAAUUCCCCGCCUGAUAGAACCAGCCCAUUUCAGUAACUUAACUCUCGUCCCAUGUAUAGGCCCCGGUCUGUUAAGAGUUCACUUCUCUUCAGUAUCUUGUAUUUUAUGCAAUUCUGUCAAAGAACACAACGCUGUUGCAACGAUUCUGCAGACCCAGAAUGUUUGGUUCUUGGCACUUUACUUGAAAGGAUAAGUUAUUCUUUUUAAAACAAUUCGUGAAAUAUUUGCCGAACAGAUUGAUCCAUAUAAAUGUCGGAAGUGAUUUAAGUAUUUGUUACAUAAUGUUUGUAUGACAAUAUUUCUUUUAGAAGUAAAUUUCUGGUGUGGAA